GAACGGAGUAGUCUUCUCGUUGAUCUUUAAUUAACACCACGUGAAAUGAAAAACAAGUACAACCUCAGCUCUAGUUUAAGUCGGGAAGACAACAAAAGACCCAGCAUCGACUACAAUGGGAAUAAAGAGUACACAUUGGAUGAAGCCAUCUACCUCACAGGCUUCGGGCGGUUCAAUGUGGCUAUAGUGAUUUUGUCUGGAAUAGUCAUUAUGGGUGCUACGAUAGAAAACAUAAGUAUUGCAUUUGUUCUUCCUUAUGCAAAUUGCGAUCUUAAUAUGACAACAACUGAAUUGGGACUCGUUUCAUCGAUCGCAUUUCUCGGAAUUGUUGUGAGCUCGCACUGGUGGGGUUUCCUAGCGGAUACUUGGGGACGACAGAAAGUCAUACGGUUGACCGCAACAUGUGCACUAAUCAGCGCCCUCUUAUCCGCUUUUGCAGUGAAUGCAGCAACGUUGGUUUUACUACGAUUUUGCGUUGGGAUAUUCAUUUCGGGUCUUCAAGCAAGCGUCUUCUCUUAUGUCAGUGAGUUCCAUACCAAAUUGACCGCUCCAAGAGCAGCAUCGUUUGUGUCCAUGUUUAUGCCAAUGAUUUUUAUUUUUGCUUCAAUCGUUGGAAUGAUACUAAUUCCAAUGAACUGGAGCAUCAAUUUAUUUUUCAUCAAAUUCGUUCCAUGGAGACUGUAUAUUAUCGUCAUUGCUAUUGUAAAUGCUGUGAAUACCAUAGUGUUCUCAUUCAUGCCCGAAACGCCAAAAUUUCUGCUUGCUAUGAGUAAACCAAAUGAAGCGUUAGAUGUUUUGAGGAAAAUGUACGAAAUCAACACUGGAAGUAUAAAAGAAGGGUAUCCAGUUUAUUAUUUGAUUAGUGAGGCAAGUGCAAAUGAUUUGACGGCAACAAAAGGAUUUAUGAACAUAUUGAAAUUAGUGUGGAAUCAAACAAAGCCAAUUUUCGUUGCACCAUACUUAGACAGCACGGUUAAGCUCUGUUUCAUGGUGUUCACACUUUUCGCCAUUGGACAUGGAACUGCAAUGUGGCUUCCAGAUUUUCUGAUUCAGCUUCAUAAUAAUGAGGACGCAAGUAAAACGCUGUGUGGUGUUGUGGGACAUGAACGACUAAUUUUAUCAAGUGAUCAAGAAUGUAAUAUAGAUAACGGUGACACGUUAACAUUUCAAAUAAUGUGCUAUAUCGGUGUGGUGUUUACGAUCUUAUCUGGACUAAUAAGCUUUUAUUUGGAUAAAGUUAAUCCACGUUUUUUAGUUCCUUCAUGGAUUAUAAUCUCGGGUCUUUGUGCACUAGCGCUAAAUCUUCUAACAGAGUUCUACACCAUUGUUAUAGCAUUUGUCACAUUUUUGAGCAGUAGCUUGUGCGCAGCGAUUGUCAGUGCGAUUAGCGUCAGCUUGUAUCCAACACAUAUUCGUGCGAUGGCCACGUGCUUCAUAUUCAUGUUUGGCAGAAUUGGAGGGCUAGCAGGAGGCAAUUUGGUUGGUGUGCUGGUGGAAAAUAAUUGCAAUUUGAUUUUUAAUGUAUUUGCAGGCCUCGCAUUCGUAUGCGCUUUCGUUUUUCUAUCCAUGAAAAAAGAAACUCCCACACCAGCGGUUCAGUCGAACGAUCAAACAAACAAUUGCUCGGCAUAAGGGCGAACUGAAAGUGAACGAUGUCACAUGUGAUAUGCUGUUAGAAUUACUGUUGUCAAGACUAAUAUCCAUAUUUAUUGUUAAUAUUCAAGCAUAACGUAUUGUAAUAAAUAACAAUAGACUUUUCAUUUGAGAAAUACACAGGAAAAUUCUUGAUUUUGCAAUCACUUUUCUCUCGAUGGUCGUUUGCAAAUCAAAACAGUUUUUCAGGAGAAUAAUAGUAGUUUCCUCUCGAUAUUCAGAUAAUCUACUUCGUUGGUGGCUUUUGGUUGUUUUGUUUGUCUCAGCUCAGUCAGCAGUAUUUGACAAGUGACUUUGUUUUGGUUUUGUGCGGUAUAUUCACGAACUGUUGUGUCAAAUUUAUUGUUUGCUGAAGAAAUUACACGUAGUUUUACGAUAUUUUCGUAACAGGGUUCAAAAACCAAUAAAUCAAGUGUUGUUCUUUCCGUCGUUGAAAUAA